UUUACGCGCUCGCUCCACUUGUCUGGAAUUCUGCCGUAUUGACACAUUUCCCAUCCACCGACGAGUGCAUUCUUCUGGUGUUUUUUCACAACGCACAGCGGGUGCUAUCAGUACAUACGAAAGACUGCGAUCUGCGACGAGGACAGUCUGGAAUGCAGUGCGUUAGCUUACUUUGCUUGCAUUAUUCGUGAUCGUUGAUUUACAGUAUUUUUGAUUUUAUACUGUUUGUCAUGUUUGAACGUGUUGGGUGAUGCGAUGGUUAUCAGUGUGGAAUACAUCUGGCCAGUUUAGCAUUGGUUGAUAACUUUGCCCCAUUCUCCGAGCUGUAGAAAUAUCCAUGGCGGACAGCGUGGUUGAGGAGCCCGUGGUGAUGCGGAACAGCGACAGCGACGCGCUGACCAACGACGAACAGUUCCUCUCCAACAUCCCCACCGCCGCGCGUCUCCCCCUCAUUUCCGGCAUCCGCCAGCGCAGUCAUCUCCCGGACGAUGUGCUUCAAAGGGAAGGCGCGACGCUGCCUGGCGUCGGUGACGCGCCCAGCCUCGCUGCGUAUCCGUAUGCGCCGCCACCUGCUCCGUCCAGUCCGCGGCGUCCGGAGCGAUCGGACGCGGGGAGAUUCGGCGGUCGGCGGGGCGAGGAUGUCGGCAGCCGCCCGACCGAUGUGUACCCGGAGAUCGGGGCGGAUUCCGACCGCGAGCGACUGCUAGAACGCGCAGAGACUGCCAGUGGAUUUCCGGUGGAGAAAUCGCAAAACAGCCAGGGCAGUUUAGUCACCAUAUUGAGUUUAUGGACGACGAUGAUGGGAUCGUCGCUGCUAGUGCUGCCCUGGGCCAUCCAGGAGGCCGGUUUGGCGUUGGGCGUGUGCCUGGUGUUCGUGAUGGGCGCGCUGGCCUUCUUCCCCACCACGCUCAUCUACAAGGCCGCCGACUACCUGCAGACCACCACCGGCGUCACCAUCGUCGAGUUCCAGGACAUCUGCGCCCGGCUGCUGGGCGUCAGACUGGCCUUCGUCAGUCUGCUGGUCUCCCUCCUCAACUUGAUCGGCGCCAUGGUCGUCUACUGGAUCCUCAUGUCGGCCAUGCUCUACCAGAUCGGCUGCUAUUUCUACGAACUGCAGUAUCCCGAAACGGCCAACAUCACCGAUCCCGCCACCGAUCUGGGACCACAGGGACGCUUUGCGCGCUACUGGAAUGAACUCCUGACCGUCCCGUUUUAUCUGGUGUUCCUGUUGUUGCCGUUGAUCUGCAUCCGCAAUCCGACCUUCUUCACGAAACUAAGCUCUUUCGGCAUCGUCUCCAUCCUGUACAUGAUCGUCUUCGUGUCCAAGAAGGUCAGCGACUGGGGCUGGAACGCGUCCAGCGGCUCGCCGGGAUUCGAAUUGUUCAACGGCCACUUCCCGGCGUUGACGGGGACACUGUCCAUGGGCUUCUUCAUCCACAACUGCAUCCUGGGCAUGACGACGCACCACGCCAAUCCGCAGCACCGCAAACGCGACACCGGCAUCGCGUUUCUGAUGGCGGCGGUGUGUUACGCUUUCGUGGGUGGCUGCUAUUACGCCGCCUUCCCGGUGGAUAAGCACUUGAUUGCCGACAACUUAUUGAAGAAUUUCGCCAACCAGGAAAUUAUGGCGCUCGUAGCGCGCUGCCUGCUGUUCUUCCAGAUGUUCACCGUCUUCCCGCUAUUGGCCUAUCUGUUCCGGGUGCAGCUGUUUAAUCUGUUUGGCCACCAAAACGUCAGGUUGCGCUGCUGGAUGUGGACGUCUGUGGAGCGUCCGUGCCGACCAUGCUCGGACUGGCCGGCGAACAGGUUCACCAGAGCGGCUCGGGCUGGUCACCCGUGUAUGCAGAUGAAAAUCUGGCGGUGAUGUCGAUCGGGUUCCUGUUGGGCGGCGGCGACGACGCCGUGAUCUGGCGCGGCCCGAAGAAGAACACGAUGAUCAAGAACUUCCUGCGCGACGUGGACUGGGGCCAGCUGGACUACCUGCUGGUGGACACGCCGCCCGGCACCUCCGACGA